CAAAGUUAAACAAAGGCACGGCUGAUAUGCUGUGGCGUGUGAAUUUUGCAUAAUUGAACGAGUUGUUGUGGCGGCGAUCACUAUAAAGUUCGACCUUCACCGUCCCUUCGUCCUUUGCUUUCUUUACUUCCACCUCUUCGACACAUUCACAUUCUCUGCGUAUCAUAUCCAUAUGGCUGGCCGAGGUAAUCCCCGUGGGCGGGGACGAGGUGGUCCUGGUGCUGGUGGUCCUGGAGGAGGAGGAGGAGGAGGACAAGGUCGUGGUGGUGCUGGUGGAGGAGGUCGUGGUCGUGGUGGUCCGCGGGGUGGCGCGCCCGGUCGAGGUGGAUCUACAGUCGCUGGCUCAACCAUCAGUAUCGCUUCGCAUGUCGAGGCUGUCGGCAUCAAGAGACCAGGGUUCGGUCUACAGGGCCGACCAUUGGAGGUCCACACGAAUCAUUUCGAGUGUUCCACUCCUGAGGGAAUAAUACAUCAUUAUGACGGUCUUCAUCUCUCCUUCCGAGAAAACUUUACCAGCCCGUGUAAACUUCGAAAUCAUCAAGAUCAUGCAGACCGCAGUUGCGCCCAAUGUGUUUACUCCUCGCGGAGCAUAUGACGGUCGCAAAAAUUUGUUCUCGUCCACCAAAUAUUCUUUCGGUAACUCCGCAGAGUUCUCUGUAUGUCUUGCCACACAAUCGUCUCAGGCUCCCCCACCCAGGGAAGGGAGCAGAGGUCCAAAGGUCUACAAGGUCAAGUUAACCCAUGUAGCCGAGAUCAAUCCAGAGGUGUUGUCUCGUUUCCUAGAUGGCCAACAGACGCAUGACAACGAGGUUCUGACUGCUAUCACGUCCCUGAACGUGGCUGUUCGAAUGGAGCCAAAUCUCAGAUAUCCCUUCAAUGUUCGCUCGUUCUUCACUCCGGAAGGGAAGAGGGACAUCGGUGGAGGCAUUGAGCUUUGGAGAGGAUACUUCCAAUCCGUCCGGCCAUCUAUCGGCCGUAUGCUCAUCAACCUUGAUAUCACCACGGGUGCGUUCUUCAAGUCGGGGCCGCUUCUGACUGUGUGCCUCGACUUUAUGAACGCCGGACGAGAUCCGAACGUUUUUUCCCCAAGGAGAGGCUUCACAGAUCGGAUGGCCAGAGAGUUAAAGCGGUUCCUUUUGGGUGUCAGGAUCACCACUCCGCACAGGCCGGAUGCGGCACCUCGAGGAAUCCGUGGAGUGUCGAUAGCCGGAGCGAACGACUUGAGGUUUACUGGAGCUGAUGGCAGGCCGAUAACGGUCGCUCGAUACUUUCAGACUGUCCUCAAUCGGCCUCUGCAAUUCCCGGAUGUCGUUUGCGUUGAGCUGGGUACAAGUGCUCUAAUGCCUCUCGAGCUCUGUGUUGUUCAUGCCGGCCAGCUAAUGAACAUGAAGAAGAUACCUGACGCGAAAACUUCCGAGGUCGUCAGCUUUGCCACGCAGUUCCCGCAACAACGGCUUGACAGUAUCCGUCACGGCCUCUCCGUGCUUGCCUAUGGACAGUCGGACUACGUUCGCCAGUUUGGUAUCACCGUGAAGACGAGUAAUGAGACAAUCCAGGGUCGUGUCCUCAAUGCUCCGACUCUUAGAUAUCACGCGAGUAGCAGGCAACCUACGAUCCAACCAAGAGAUGGUGCAUGGAAUAUGAUCGAUAAGAAGGUCUAUAAGCCUGGAACCGAGGUAGCUCGUUGGGUCGUCGUAAUCUUCGAACAGGAGAGGAGGUUCGGACAGCAAAUUGCGGAGGAAAUGAUCAGUGGCUUUGUCAGUGCGUGCCGUGCCGUAGGGCUGACAAUCGCUGACCGCCCUGUUCAUAUUCAAUACGGCAAUCCCCAAGCAGUUGUUUCGCAGUCUCUCAAGGCAGCAGGACAGGCUUGUGCCCAGAAGGCCAAGGCCCAUCCCCAGCUUAUGGUUAUCAUCCUUCCCGAGGCAGGGAAUGCAGAGAUUUACCGUGCCGUCAAGCACUUUGGUGACUGCGUGGCUGGUGUCACUACGCAAUGCAUGAAGAGUGCCAAGUGCUCCCGAGCAAAAGCCCAGUACUAUGCCAACGUCAUCCUGAAGCUCAAUGUCAAGCUUGGAGGAGUGAACGCCAUCCCAGACGCACGCUCUGCCGUCGAUCUGUCGGACCCUAACAUGCCGACGCUUGUGAUGGGUGCCGAUGCCAUUCAUCCCGCCCCGGGCUCUCUGGAUCGUCCAUCCUUCACAGCGGUUGUCGGCAAUGUUGACACCGAAGCUGCCAAGUACAUUGCUACGAUUGAAGUGCAGGCUUCACGCGAGGAGAUGAUCACUUCUUUGCAGAAGAUGGCCAAGCACGUCUUGGAAAUGUACAUGACAUAUCGCAGGAUGGUCGAAAAGAAGGCGAAUCCAGCUCCGAAGCGCAUCAUUUUCUAUCGAGAUGGUGUUUCCGAGGGACAAUUCCGUCAUGUCAUUGAGCGAGAACUGCCACUUCUCCAAGCCGCUUGUGCAGAGCUGAAAAUCAACCCCAAGAUCACGAUCAUUGUUGUCGGAAAGAGACAUCAUGUCAGGUUCUUCCCGAGGAGCGAGAACGAGGGCGACAGGAAGAGUAAGAACUGCCCUGCUGGGCUCGUCAUUGACCGCGCGAUCGUCAACCCCGUCGAGUUUGACUUCUACCUCCAAUCACACGGCGGUAUCCUGGGUACAAGCAGGUCUGCACAUUAUAAUGUUCUCCACGACGAGAACAAGUUCACUGCCGAUGGGAUCCAGUCCUUGUCAUUCGCGCUCUGUCAUGUAUACGCGCGAGCCACUCGCUCCGUGUCCAUCCCAGCGCCGGUCUACUACGCCGACAUCGUGUGUUCUCGCGCAAAGCACCACUACGACCCCGAGGGCGGUCUUGAUCUGACUGGAGAGUCGGACACGGCGACGAACACUGAUCAGACCGCCAUCCUUGAGCGAUUCCGCGCGGCUUUCAAGCCGUUGCAUGCGAGUCAGGGGAGGGUAAUGUACUUCUGUUAAAGUCGGCCAUGACCUUCUGUGCUGUGCUACUGUCGCCGCUGAUACAGGAUUGGCGCUAUCCUCUCACACCGUCACUCAAUGCCUCUGAACGACAUGUACUAUGACUCGCUGCCUUUGAUCCACAAAUUUUGUCUCUCACGAACUGUCUUUUCCAAUUUAUGCCUCUCGUUUCUACGUAUCUGCCACAAUGAAUACCCUCACUUCUGAAGCCAGUUCCCAUAUCGACUCUUUCUCCAACUUCACCAUUGCCAUGCUUCCUCUCACAUACUUGUCGCAACUCUUCUGAAGAUCACCGUUACUUACUUGCUCGCUC